AUGAGUGAAACGAGUGGACAGUCAGCCCCAGUGGUCGAGUCAAAGGAGUGUCGCAUAUGUAAAGAGUCCGAGAAUGCGGACACAAUGAUCAGUCCAUGUCAGUGCGCCGGUAGUCUAAAAUAUGUGCACAAGGAAUGCCUCCUAUCAUGGAUACAGACAUCGGGAUCGAUCGACAAAUGCAAUGUCUGUAAGAAGUCCUAUACAUGCAAUCUAGUGGUCAGACGCGAAAAGUUGUUCGCAUUUCUGGUCAAAGAGUUGAGACAAAUGAUACCACUGUUUGCGGUCACAUUACUGGUGACACUGAUCCUCCUGUCAUCGGUGGUGAUGCUGUUCCGCAUGGAUUUGAGCCGUUAUAACGCGCUUAUGGCUCAUCACAACCGAUUCAGAGGACAAAUGAGAUUAGGAUUGACUAAAAGGGAAUUCCAUUUAUUUAGGGCUGUCUUAGCUCUGGAGAACUCAUUGGCGGCCAUCACUCUAUGGGUGCUCAUGGGGUACGCGAACUGGCCGUAUGCUAACCAACUAGAAAACGGACAGUUCGAGGGCUUUGCCAUUGAUAUCCUCAAUGAGAUCUCUCGUAUCGCCAAAAUCACGUAUACAUUGAAACUGUCAAACCUCACGGAAUACGGCGGUUGGUCUAAGAAUGGCUCCGUUACCGGGAUCAUCGGACAAAUAUUCAGGAAUGAGGCAGACUUUGCAAUCGGCGACAUAACGGUGCUGACCACUCGGGACCGGUACGUGCACUUCAGUCCCCCUAUCAUGAAGUUUGGGUUGACUGCACUCAUACGCAAAGACUAUGUCGGAGAUAUGAAAUCAUUCAAAGAUCUGUCGGAACAGUCGGUCAUUGCCUACGGGGUGAAGAAGACGGGCGCCAAUCUGCCCCUCUUUCACGACAGCCCUGUUGUCACCAAAAUGUAUAACUAUAUGGACGCCAAUCCCAACACUUUCGUGAGCGGCGAGAAGGAGGCCAUACAGAGGGUUAAGUCCAACCGAUACGCCUUCAUAACGGAGGGUCCGUUCAAUGAGUACGUGAUUAACCGCGACUGCGAUCUCACGGCCAUCGACGACAAGCAGAAGAACUUUCAGUUCGAGUACGCGAUCGCUAUGAGGAAGGAUCUGCUCCAGAGGUACGCCAUCGCUGACGCCUUGAGACAAAUGAAGAGAUCGGGAAAAUUAGAUGAACUCUUCGACAAGUACUGGAAAUCAGACAAAUGUGUUGAAGACAGUAAUGUCGUCGAAGUCCGGCCGAAGAGCGCACAGUUAUCUGUCGAUAAUGGAGUGGCGGAUGAGAGGGAACGGGAGGGCACACCUCCACCGAAGAAACACCACCACCCACACGAUCACAAGCACCCGGACCACGGAAAGCACUGGAAUCAUAAGCGGAGGAAUGCCUCACCCGCUCAUCAUUUGUCACUAACGCUGGUCUUUGUCUGUCUUUUACACUAUUUUGUUGCCAAUUAUUAAUUCAUGUUAUCUCUUGUUUUGUUAAUGUUUUCUGUUUUUAUUAAGUCUUAAGUAUUUGUUUAAAAAAUUCUACAC